UACUUUGGUCUGGGGAAACAGUUUCCUGGCCAAAGUGCAGUAGGUGAGGUUAACUAGCUGAACUGGGGAAUGCAGUCGUAUAAAGACAGAAAAAAGCCCUGAUUUUGGUCUUUUGGUAAAGAGCAACGUAAUAUACAGAAGGGAACUUCUGCCUCUUUCAUUCUAUGCUUUAAAAGAGGAGAGUAAAGCGCUUAGCUGUGUUUGUUCCACGGUAACAUAUGAAGAGCCCCUCAUAGUCCAGCAUGCAGGAUUCUCUGGAGUCAGUGGUGAAUUUACUGGAGUCCUACAGAGGAAGAGAUAAAGUGAUAAGAACACUUUGCUAUGGAUCCCAGCUGGUUGGUGGAGUUUUGUCCCAAAAGACUGGUGGCUCUUCUCAACUUGGCAAGAGGCUCCUGCUCUUCUCUGCUCAGCUCAGUCACUGUCGGACAGUGCUACGUCUGUUUGAUGACCUUUCUAUGGCCGCUUACUCUCAGAGCUACGGUCUAGGGUCCACGGAGCAGGACAAAGUAUUACGGUGGAUGUCCGUUCUGAUCAACGUUGCUGACCAGCUGUAUUACCCCUGUGAGCACAUCGCCUGGGCUGCUGAUGCAGAGCUCAUCAAAGUCAAGUCUGACAAAUGGUGGACACUGUGCACUGGCCUAUGGGGUCUGUCCUUACUUUUGGGCACUCUCAGAUCUCUCAGAAUAAUCCUGACAUUAAGGAGGAAGGCACAGAAAUGCAGACAGGCAGCACAAGAUGAUGGCAGGGAAGGUGCCGUCACCGUCACUGUUGACAUCCAGAGGCAGAUUUGCGGAGAGUUUCUGAAUGUUCUUGGCAGCCUAGCGGAUCUGAGCAAUGCUAUUCAUUGGAUGCCGCCUGGGUUUCUGUGGGGUGGCUGGUUCCCCCAUUGGCUGGUGGGACUCAUGGGGACUUUUUCAUCUCUGAUUGGAAUGCUGCAGAUGUGUUCCAGUGACCAGACUGCCAGUGUCUGAGGCGCUAGAUUGUGGGUAGCUAAAGUUGCCAUUGUUUUGCAUAUAGGUUACAUAUAGCUCCAUUCAUGUUCGAGGUUUGCUUAGUAAAGACAGCCUUCACGAUGCUUUCAUAUAAUUCGAUAUAAAUUGUACCUGACAGAUCCUCACAUUUGUGCAAAUCGUUGCUUCCCAUGUAAAAUGGGUCACUAUAAAAGACUUUUAGCACUUCAAGUGAAAGUGCUUCAGAUACUCCUCAAACUGAUGAUUGACGACAAAACAAGAGCCUCAGCAUUCUCUUUUUUUGCCUUUCACAUAAAGUGCUCUAUUUCUCACGUAAUUAUACAUCCAGUUAGACUGAAGAUUUAAAGGCCUGUAUAAAAAUAGCAUUUAUAUGGAUUUUAUUCAAAGCCUACAGCAUCAGGUGCAUUUUGAUACGAACAUUAAUGGAGUUAUUUGUAGUUUUUAAUGCAAGACAGAGUCACUCAUUACAUUCUUUUCUCCACAUCCGAAAAGAAAAAAUUAAAAUAUUUACACUGUUUAAUUUUCCCCCUCACCCCAAACGUUGAUCUACCAGAACAUUAGUGUCCAAAGUUUGCUUCUUUAGUUUUGCAGUGGAGCUAAAAGAUGUGGAUUCUGUAGACUUCUGUUAGGUUCUAACUGCAUUAGCCUCAUAGCUUCAGCACAAAACGAAAGAAAUAAACUUGUCUAAAGCAUUCCUUUACCUCUUCCCAGUAAAUGAAGUGGAGUGAGUUCUGAAUACAUGGACCAACAAUGAUGAAGCGUUUUUUUAAACCGACAAAUUAAGAACUCUUAAUUGUUGUGGUUAUAUUUGCAAUUAAAUAUACCGUACAUUUCACUUGCUUUACAAAUCCUGACUGUAAGUUUACCCUCAGACCUGUCUUAUUUUUGUAUAGAUAAUAUAUGAUUAGAUCUGCACGUUGACAGCACUUAUGACUAAGCUCGAUAGUAUGUGAGUAACUUCUGUCAGAAUGGAAUGUCUACACUGAAUAAGUGCCUGUGAAAUGUAUAUGCAUUAAUAGGAGCGUUGUUGAGCUGGCACACCUGAGAAAUGUAUUUUGUAAUUUGUAAUGUAAAACGUACAAAUCCUGAAAUAAAUUAUUGUAAUAUUGA